AUGCCGGCCUAUUUCCAGAGGCCGGAAAAUGCCCUCAAACGCGCCAACGAAUUUCUUGAGGUUGGAAAAAAGCAGCCUGCUUUGGAUGUUCUUUAUGAUGUUAUGAAAAGUAAGAAACACAGAACAUGGCAAAAGAUACACGAGCCAAUUAUGUUGAAAUACUUGGAACUUUGUGUGGAUCUUCGCAAGAGCCAUUUGGCUAAAGAGGGAUUAUACCAGUAUAAGAACAUUUGUCAACAGGUGAACAUCAAAUCUCUAGAGGAUGUUGUUAGGGCAUAUUUGAAAUUGGCAGAGGAAAAAACUGAAGCUGCUAAAGAAGAAUCUCAGCAAAUGGUCCUAGACAUAGAAGAUCUGGAUAAUAUUCAAACUCCUGAGAGUGUUCUCCUAAGUGCUGUAAGUGGUGAAGACACUCAGGAUCGUACUGACAGACUACUUUUAACUCCAUGGGUUAAAUUCCUUUGGGAAUCAUAUAGACAGUGUUUGGACCUUCUUCGAAAUAAUUCUAGAGUAGAGCGUCUCUACCAUGAUAUUGCCCAACAAGCUUUCAAAUUCUGCCUCCAAUACACCCGUAAGGCUGAAUUCCGUAAGCUUUGUGACAAUUUGAGAAUGCACUUGUCACAGAUUCAACGCCACCAUAACCAAAGUACAGCAAUCAAUCUUAAUAAUCCAGAAAGCCAGUCCAUGCAUUUGGAGACCAGGCUUGUUCAAUUGGACAGUGCUAUCAGCAUGGAAUUGUGGCAGGAAGCGUUCAAAGCUGUGGAAGAUAUUCAUGGACUGUUUACCUUGUCUAAAAAACCACCUAAACCUCAGUUGAUGGCAAAUUACUAUAACAAAGUCUCGACUGUGUUUUGGAAAUCUGGAAAUGCUCUUUUUCAUGCAUCUACACUCCAUCGUCUUUACCAUCUAUCCAGAGAAAUGAGAAAGAAUCUUACACAGGAAGAGAUGCAAAGAAUGUCUACUAGAGUCCUUUUGGCCACUCUUUCCAUCCCUAUUACCCCUGAGCGUACUGAUAUUGCUCGACUUCUGGAUAUGGAUGGCAUUAUAGUCGAAAAACAACGUCGCCUUGCAACGCUGCUAGGUCUUCAAGCCCCACCAACACGAAUUGGCCUUAUUAACGAUAUGGUCAGAUUCAAUGUAUUGCAGUAUGUUGUUCCUGAAGUGAAAGACCUUUACAAUUGGCUGGAAGUAGAAUUUAACCCGCUAAAACUCUGCGAGAGAGUUACAAAGGUUCUAAAUUGGGUUAGGGAACAACCUGAAAAGGAACCAGAGUUGCAACAGUAUGUCCCACAGCUGCAAAACAACACCAUACUUCGUCUUCUGCAGCAGGUGGCACAGAUUUAUCAGAGCAUUGAGUUUUCUCGUUUGACUUCUCUGGUUCCUUUUGUUGAUGCUUUCCAACUGGAACGGGCUAUAGUAGAUGCUGCCAGGCACUGUGAUCUGCAGGUUCGUAUUGACCACACUUCUCGGACCCUUAGUUUUGGAUCUGAUUUGAAUUACGCUACUCGAGAAGAUGCUCCAAUUGGUCCUCAUUUGCAAAGCAUGCCUUCAGAACAGAUCAGAAAUCAGUUGACAGCGAUGUCUUCAGUACUUGCAAAGGCACUUGAAGUCAUUAAGCCAGCUCAUAUUUUGCAAGAGAAAGAAGAACAGCAUCAGUUGGCUGUUACUGCAUACCUUAAAAACUCCCGAAAAGAGCAUCAGCGUAUCCUGGCUCGCCGUCAGACAAUUGAGGAAAGGAAAGAGCGCCUUGAGAGUCUCAAUAUUCAGCGUGAGAAGGAAGAAUUGGAGCAGAGGGAAGCUGAACUUCAGAAAGUAAGGAAAGCUGAAGAAGAGAGGUUGCGACAGGAGGCAAAGGAGAGAGAGAAGGAGCGCAUCUUACAGGAACAUGAACAAAUCAAAAAGAAAACUGUCCGUGAGCGUUUGGAGCAGAUCAAGAAAACGGAACUGGGUGCCAAAGCGUUCAAAGACAUUGAUAUUGAAGAUCUGGAAGAAUUGGAUCCGGACUUUAUCAUGGCUAAACAGGUUGAACAACUGGAGAAAGAAAAGAAGGAACUUCAGGAACGCCUGAAGAAUCAAGAAAAGAAGAUUGAUUAUUUUGAACGAGCUAAACGCUUGGAGGAAAUCCCUUUGAUAAAGAGCGCAUAUGAAGAACAGAGGAUUAAAGACAUGGAUCUGUGGGAACAGCAAGAAGAAGAAAGAAUUACUACCAUGCAACUAGAACGUGAAAAGGCUCUCGAACAUAAGAAUCGAAUGUCACGAAUGCUUGAAGACAGAGAUUUAUUUGUAAUGCGACUCAAGGCCGCACGACAGUCUGUUUAUGAGGAAAAACUUAAACAAUUUGAGGAGAGAUUAGCAGAAGAAAGGCAUAAUCGGUUGGAAGAGCGCAAAAGGCAGCGUAAAGAAGAACGCAGAAUAACCUACCAUAGAGAAAAAGAAGAGGAGGAGCAGAGGAGGGCAGAAGAACAGAUGCUGAAAGAGCGUGAAGAGAGAGAGCGUGCUGAACGGGCAAAACGUGAGGAAGAGCUACGAGAAUAUCAGGAGCGGGUCAAGAAAUUAGAAGAAGUGGAAAGGAAAAAACGCCAAAGAGAGCUGGAAAUUGAAGAAAGGGAACGACGUAGAGAGGAAGAGAGAAGACUUGGUGACGAUCCACUUUCUAGAAAGGACUCUCGUUGGGGAGAUAGAGAUUCAGAAGGCACAUGGAGAAAAGGACCUGAAGUAGAUUCCGAGUGGAGAAGAGGCCCACCAGAGAAGGAGUGGAGACGUGGAGAGGGGCGGGAUGAGGAGAGGCCUCAUAGAAGAGAGGAUGAUCGGCCAAGGCGACUGGGGGAUGAGGAAGAGAGAGAGUCUUCUCUCCGAGCAGAUGAUGAUCGCAUUCCCCGGCGUGGCAUGGAUGAGGACAGAGGUCCCAGACGUGGCCUUGAUGAAGACCGGUUCUCUCGCCGGGGGGCAGAUGAUGACCGGCCUUCCUGGCGUAGUGCAGAUGAUGACAGGCCUCCCAGGCGAAUUGGGGAUGAAGACAGGGGAAGCUGGCGUCAUGCGGAUGAUGACAGACCACCUAGACGGGGACUGGAUGAGGACAGAGGAAGCUGGCGAACAGCUGAUGAGGACAGAGGACCAAGACGUGGGAUGGAUGAGGACCGGGGGCCACGGCGAGGAGGUGCAGAUGACGAGCGGUCUUCCUGGCGUAAUGCUGAUGACGAUCGGGGUCCCAGGCGCGGCAUGGAUGAUGACCGGGGCCCAAGGCGUGGGUUGGAUGAUGAUCGAGGACCUUGGAGGAAUGCUGAUGAUGACAGAAUUUCCAGACGUGGUGCAGAUGAUGACCGGGGGCCUUGGAGAAGCACAGAUGAUGAUCGGAUUCCCAGAAGGGGCGAGGACUCAAGGCCUGGUCCCUGGAGACCAUUUGUCAAGCCAGGUGGAUGGAGAGAGAAAGAAAAGGCCAGAGAAGAGAGUUGGGGUCCACCUCGAGAAUCGAGACCAUCAGAAGAACGUGAAUGGGAUAGAGAAAAAGAAAGAGAGCGAGAUAACCAAGAUCGUGAUGAAAAUGACAAGGACCCAGAGAAAGAAAGAGAGCGAGAAAGGGACAGAGAGCGAGAGGGGGAUCGAGAAGACCGCUUCAGACGGCCGAGGGAUGAAGGUGGCUGGAGAAGAGGACCAGCGGAGGAAUCUUCGAGCUGGAGAGAUUCAGCUCGCCGAGAUGAUAGGGAUCGGGAUGACCGUCGUCGGGAGAGAGAUGAUCGCCGUGACCUAAGAGAAAGGCGAGAUGACAGAGACCGAAGAGGACCUCCUCUCAGAUCAGAACGUGAAGAAGUAAGUUCUUGGAGACGUGCUGAUGACAGGAAAGAUGAGCGAGCAGAAGAGCGGGAAGCCCCUCGUCGUGUCCCCCCCCCAGCUCUUUCAAGAGACCGGGAAAGAGACCGAGAAAGGGAGAGAGAAGGUGAAAAAGAGAAGUCCUCUUGGAGAGCUGAGAAAGAUCGGGAGUCUCUUCGUCGUACCAAAAAUGAGACUGAUGAAGAUGGGUGGACCACGGUACGACGUUAAAUCUCAAGAUAAUGGAUUCAGACUCAUGUCUCACAUAGGUUUGAUCCCAUUCAAG